UGCUCUGAGAUGGCAGUGUGUUUUUUAUCAUCAUUGCUCACCGCAGUGUGUGUGGGAUUGUACGGAACGCAUUCAGUUGAAGAAGUAUGUAGAGAUCUUGUCGUCACUCCGGCGUCUCUGCUGGUGGAGUAUGGACACCCUGCUAAAGUGAACUGCUCCAUACUGAGUAAACCUGUAACGGGAUACUGGCUGGGCUGGGAGUCUAAAUCAUCACAACCAGAUACAGAUACUGAAACAAGUUUGAUAUGGAGGGUGGACAGUCUGAUGGAUUGGGAGGAACCUGUCAGUCUUAAGUGUUACUUCUCAACAGCAACUGAUCAGUGUGUGAGUCGUGUAAAUCUUACCAUUUACAAGAGACCAGACAAUGUGACGCUGAGCUCUGUGUCUAAUGUGUGGAUAGCGGGAGACCAAACAGAGCUGAAGUGUCAGAUAGAAAACGUCGGUCCUGGACAUAAACUCAGUGUACACUGGAGCAGAUCCAACCCAAAGCAAAACAACGCUUUUACACUAUUCAGUACAACGUUGCUUUCAGACUUGGUGAAUAAGAUGCCAGUUGUGAAUGUGACAGUGAAACUGAACGUUAUGGCCAGACGUGAGGAUGACGGAGUGCAGUACAAGUGUGCAGCUGUGCUGAAUCUGGACCCAGUUCUGGUCUUGUCCAAAUCACAGCCAAUCACCAUCACUGUACCCUACUUCAGCUGGGCAACCUGCACUCAGUUCUGUCUGGGGAAUGGUUAGUUCUACAUCCUGAUGUACCUGCAAUCCUACAA